AUGAGCACACAAAACAGCAGUGAUUUGGACAGACCUAGAAGCAACAUAGACUUAGAAGCACCUGAAAAAAACCUAUUUGGCAUCGGCACCGACAACUUCGUCACGCUUCUGAUUUUCGGACUCAUAUUUACUCUUGGCGUCCUGGGAAACUCUCUGGUGAUCACGGUUCUGGCUCAACGCAAACCCGGACAGCAACGAAGCACCACCAACAUCUUCAUUCUCAACCUCAGCGUGGCAGAUCUGUCCUACCUGCUCUUCUGCAUCCCUUUUCAAUCAACAGUGUACAUGCUGCCCACAUGGAUCCUGGGCGCCUUUAUUUGCAAGUUCAUCCACUACUUUUUCACCGUGUCUAUGCUGGUGAGCAUCUUCACCUUAUCAGCCAUGUCGGUGGACAGGUACAUCGCCAUUGUGCAUUGCAGAAAGUCUUCAUCCAUUCGAGUUGCGAGGCAUGCGCUGAUCGGGGUGCUGGUCAUAUGGGUGCUCUCUUUCGCCAUGGCCACUCCGGUCGCCUACUAUCAGGGUAUCGUGGAAAGUGAGGACAACAGCACGUUUUGCUGGGAAGUGUGGCCAGAUCACGACAGGAGAAAAAUCUAUGUGGUCUGCACUUUUGUUUUUGGAUAUGUGCUGCCGCUGAUUCUGAUUUCUUUCUGUUAUGCCAAGGUCCUGAAUCAUUUGCAUAAAAAGUUAAGAAACGUCUCCAAAAAGUCAGAGGCAUCAAAAAAGAAGACAGCUCAGACCGUUCUAGUGGUGGUGGUGGUGUUCUGCCUUUCCUGGCUGCCUCAUCACGUGGUGCACCUGUGGGUUGAGUUUGGCUCCUUCCCUCUGAACCAGGCAUCCUUCGUGCUCCGCGUGGCGGCUCAUUGUCUGGCCUACAGCAACUCCUCUGUUAAUCCAGUUAUUUAUGCCUUCCUGUCAGAGAACUUCAGGCAGGCCUAUAAGCAGGUGUUUCGCUGUCAGGUGGCUUCUGAGUGCCCUACAAAUGAAGCCAGAGAAAUGAAGAGCAAGACGGAAGCAGCACCGUCCACCAACUGCACCACUGUGUAA